UAGAGAUAAAGAUCAUCGAUUGAAUUCAAGACACAUCUUAGUAGAAAGUGUCCAACGCGUUUCAGAGAAUUAUUUUGUAUAAGCUCCAAAUCCGGUAACCAUGGAGAAGUUUAAGAUGGUUUUUCAAUAUUUUCAGUCCAAUUCAGAAUCAAUAAUGAAUGGGAUUUGUGGACUUCUAGCUUUAGCUAGUGUUAAGAUGUAUAAAUCAAUGGAAUUUAACUGUCCGUGCUUACCAAACUAUAAUAUGGCUUACGGCAUGGGAAUAAUGUUUGUACCACCGGUGGCUCUUUUCCUUGUUGGUCUUAUGGUGAACAGACAGUCGGUGAUCAUGAUUGAAGAAUGGAAAAGGCCAACAGGUUACCGGAGAAAAGACUUUGCCAUAGUGAAGUACAUGUGCACCAAUGUCAUUCAGAGGGCAAUGGUUGCUCCUGUGGUCUGGAUCCUUACUGCACUUUUAGACGGAAAAUGCUUUGUCUGUGCCUUCAGUGGAUCCGUUGACCCAGACAAAUUCCCCGGCUUUGCAAACAGCACAUCACUAGAACUGCAACUUCUUCUCAACAAAGUGCCGUGUAAAGACGAUGCAUUGAUAAGAAACAAUACUUCACGAAAGGCAGUCUCUACAUACCUGAAAUGCUGGUCACAGGCAUUUGGAUGGGGCAUCCUGUUGCUACUCAUUGUUCUGGCUUUUCUUGCACGUUCCCUUAAGCCCUGCUUUGACCAGACGGCUUUCCUCCAGACACGGUACUGGAGUAAUUAUAUUGAUAUAGAACAGAAGAUCUUUGAUGAGACGUGCUGUGCGCAUGCAAGGGACUUCGCCCACAAGUGCAUCCUCUAUUUCUUUGAGAGCAUGCACAAUGAAAUGAAAGUCAGACACUUCACCCUGAAUAAGAAGUCAGACGAUGAAGAGGACCACUUGCACGGAAUCACCGACCACGAACAAGUGAAUAAUCUCUUAAAAUCAUGGUACCAAAGCAAACCUCCACUUUGUAUUAAUCACCCCACCCUACGACAGCAUGCCAAAGCCAAAAACACGGCCUAUAAUGAAGACGAUGACAAUGAGAAACAAACCGAUGUUUAGUGAUAUAGUAAAAUAGCAAACCACCAUGAAAAAAAAUGUAUUUCUGUUCUUUUCUGUCCUACACAACUAAAGAAAUUA